UUGUGUUUUUACACUAUUAUGUCCCUAAUAUGCUGUAACAGUAUUAUGUUGUGGCUAUAUUGACUAAAAUUAUGACCUAAUUAUUUCUUGUUAUGUGACGUGUCAAAUUUUGCAGCGUCGUUCGCGUGUGUUGGAGCUGGUUUAAAAGUGAUCAGUCUUGAAUGAAAACAAGUGCAAAUCAGCGUAUUAUGGUUCCCUAAAUUAUAAGGACGUAAAUCUGUGGGCGGAUCUAUGUGACUUCCCUGUGCUCUCGCUUUCGAUUGAAACGUAAUUAGCAGCUGUACGUACGCAACCGUUUCACUUCGACCUGAACUGACUUUAGUGCUGACUGACAGCGACCGCGAUCCGCUACACACUCAAAUUUGUUUCAGUCGCUGCAGAUCAAACCAUGAGUGUGAGCUCAACACGGAGCAGCGGGGAAGAAAUGGACGAGCUGGAGUCAGUUAGCUGGUAUCAUUAUGAUUUGUCCCGGCAUGCAGCUGAAGCUCUUCUCCUUUCGAAUGGGGUCGAUGGGAAUUUUUUACUCAGAAACAGCAACAAAGGACCUGACUGCUUCGCGUUGUCUGUCCGAGCGAAGGAUUCAGUGAAACACUUUCAUGUCCGACGGCAGUUUGGCAAAUAUUCCUUUGGCUUCAAUGAAUUCCCUUCCCUUCAGGAUUUUUGCAGUCACCUUGCCAAUCAGCCUCUGCUAGGCAGUGAAACAGGAAACCUGAUAGUGCUGCGGUUCCCAUACCCACGGCAGGUGGAGGAACCAUCCAUUUAUGAGACGGUGUGUGUGCAUACGGCCAUGCAGACAGGCCGGCAUGAAAACGAUCUAGUGCCUAAUGCUCCAGCACUUGGCACUAAAGAGGGCUAUCUGGUUAAACAAGGAGCAAUCAUCAAGAACUGGAAGCAGAGAUGGUUCACACUGAAUAGAUAUGAACUUAAAUAUUUUAAGGAUAAAAUGUUUGUAGAUCCAAUACGAACCCUGAAUCUGACGGAGUGUUCUGCUGUCCAGUUUGAUUACAGUCAGGAGAGGGUUAACUGCUUCUGUCUGGUGUUCCCCGAGAGGACGUUUUAUUUGUGCGCCAAAUCUGGUGCCGAGGCAGAUGAAUGGAUUAAAAUACUAAGAUGGAAACUGUCACAGAUAAAAAAAGGACGAUGAUGUUCAUCAUGGAGAGAAGUAGUUGUGGAGCAAAUGCGAGCUGUGUGCAGUUUUAUAUUAGUAAAUCUGCUCUGUGAUCUCAGCAUCAUGGCAGUACAUCUCAUCACACCUAAGAUAUCUUCUGGGCAAAGAAUGUCAAGUUUUUACAUCAAAAAGAAGAAAAAUGUCCCAAGGCAGCAUGCUACUGUGCUUUAUAAGAAGGUGGUACACUAUCAAUGUUGGGAUUAUAACUGACAAUAGUUUUUUUUCCAAUAUUGUGUUCUGUGUUGAGCUUUUAGUUGUUCUUAUUCUUCUCCAAGCCAAGUUAAACAGUGUCUGCUUUUAAACAUACAUACAUUCCCCCUUAUAUACACCACCAGUCAAACGUUUUUGACCAGUAAGAUUUUUAAUGUUUUUUUUUAAGUUUUCUGCUCACCAAGCCUGCAUUAAUUUGAUCCAAAGUACAGCAAAAACAGUAAAAUUCUGAAAUAUUUGUAUUAUUUAAAAUAACUGUACAAUGUAAUUUAUAAAGUACAAUGUAAUUUAUAAUUUAUGAAGUCCAGACUUCAGUUUCACAUGAUCUUUGAUCAUGUGACUGAAGUAAUGAUGCUAAAAAUUCAACUUUAAAAUCACAGAAAUAAAUUACAUUUUAAAAUCUAUUAAAUUUGAAAAGAGUUAUUUUUAAUAAUAAAAUAUUUUUACAUUUUACUGUUAGCGAAGCGAUUUACUGGUGAGCAGAAAAGACUUCUUUAAAAUACAUUAAAAAACUUUUGACUGGUAGUGUACAUGUUUCCAGCUAUUAAGUAAACAUAUAAUGAAUUUUGAUGCAAAAUUAUUAUAAUGUUAACUAACAAUGAACUCUCGUGUUGUUUAGAAACAUGUACAUAGUACCCAUUUUCCAACAAAGAAGCUGUUUUGUAAAAAAUGUAUAAAAAA